AAUCUUAGUGAUAAUAAUGUGUUUUGGACAGAAGCUAACGGAGGAAGUUUUGUAUCAUUAGAAAACGCGUAUUUCUCUGAGGAAAAUGAUUUCAAUAUUGCAGAUAUUCUUGCCAAACAUGAGUCUCAAAAUCAAAAAGGUCGACCUACUACAAAGUAUCAACCUAUUAAUUCUGCAUUGGUUCAUAAAUUAUUACAAGAAAAUAACAAUAUUUUAAAAUGCAUCCAGCAAGAGUCUUUUGGUAUUUUGGGGGAUGAACAAAAUUAUUAUUUUGCGAAUGAUAAAUAUCAAGAUUUAUUUCCGAAGUCUGGUCCUUCCUGCUUUGUUUAUGAUUUAGAUGAAGAACUUAAUAAGAUUUUUGAGAGUAAAGGCUUUUCGAAGAUGAUGAAUAUUAAAGAACCCGAUACACCAGAUGUCCUUGAUCUUUUGGUUGAGGAGCUUCCCAAUGAACAGGAAAUUUACUGGGAUCCUUCCUCACAAGAUGUUCCUAAUCGACAAUGGCUUAAUAGUAUCUUAAAAAAACUGAAAUGGGGCAUAGGAUUAGAAAUUCCAAGGUUAUCACAAUAUCCCUUGCUUCCCGUAAUUUCACCAAAUGACAAACUUGUCCGAAUAGAUCCGUUAGGUCCUCUAAGGUCCUCUAUUGAUUUAUCUAGACAAUCCGGAUGA